AGGGUUCAUUUUAAAGUGGCCGUUCAUGCACACAAAACACACACACAGAGUAAUUCCGCAGAAGAACUAGCCACUAUAAUUUUUCAGCAGCGCCACUUUCUUGGUAAUCUUAUCUUACACCCACCAAUAUUUCACCUUUAUAUAUAUUUUUUGAUACUAGUGGUGCAAAUUGUUACUAUCUGUGUGUACUUUUUGUUAAUCAGCUCAUAUAAACAUAGGAAUUAGUGAAUUUGUUGGAUAGUUGCUGAAGAGCUUGCUAUUUUUAGCUAUGCAUCAAUUUGUUUGUCAAAAUGCCUCUUCCAGGAUUGACCCUUUUGCUUCUUUUAUCAGCCCUUUAAGUCGUAAUUUGUUGAAACCCAAUUCGUUUUUGUGUUCGAGAAACGGGUCGAGGAGGAACUCUUGUUAUCCUGGUUUUAGUAGGCGGUUUUCGGUUGUUGGCUGUGUUGGGUCUCAGAGCAGGAUUAAUUCUGUUUCGGUGAGGAAUGAUGAGGUGGAGAGUGGGAUUGUGUUUGAUAAGGCGGUGGGAAAGAGGACGGAUAUUAAGAAGAUUAUGAUUCUUGGAGCUGGUCCUAUUGUCAUUGGACAAGCGUGUGAGUUUGAUUACUCUGGGACUCAGGCGUGUAAGGCACUUAGGGAGGAGGGAUAUGAAGUUAUUCUUAUUAAUUCGAAUCCUGCUACUAUUAUGACGGACCCUGAAACUGCAAAUAGAACGUAUAUUGAGCCAAUGACGCCGGAACUAGUUGAGCAAGUGUUGGAGAAGGAGAGGCCGGAUGCUCUGUUGCCUACCAUGGGUGGACAGACUGCACUUAAUCUUGCAGUCGCGUUGGCGGAAAGUGGGGCGCUUGAGAAGUAUGGAGUGGAGUUGAUUGGUGCAAAGCUUGAUGCUAUUAAGAAGGCUGAAGAUAGAGACUUGUUCAAGCAGGCUAUGAAAAAUAUUGGGCUCAAGACUCCUCCUUCUGGAAUUGGGACAACUCUUGAGGAGUGUAUUGAAAUUGCAAGUACAAUCGGAGAUUUUCCUUUGAUUAUACGGCCUGCUUUUACACUGGGCGGAAGUGGAGGUGGAAUUGCCUAUAACAAGGAGGAGUUUGAGGCAAUUUGUAAGUCGGGCCUUUCAGCCAGUGUAACAUCACAGGUUUUGGUUGAGAAGUCCCUAUUGGGAUGGAAAGAGUAUGAGCUAGAGGUCAUGAGAGACUUGGCAGACAAUGUGGUUAUAAUAUGCUCAAUUGAGAACAUUGAUGCAAUGGGGGUUCACACUGGGGACUCAAUCACUGUGGCUCCUGCGCAGACCUUGACAGAUAAGGAGUAUCAGCGCCUUAGAGAUUACUCAAUAGCAAUCAUAAGGGAAAUUGGUGUUGAGUGCGGUGGUUCCAAUGUUCAGUUUGCUGUCAAUCCAGUCGAUGGGGAAGUUAUGGUUAUUGAAAUGAACCCUAGAGUUUCAAGGUCUUCGGCUCUAGCCUCAAAAGCUACUGGCUUCCCAAUAGCAAAAAUGGCUGCAAAGUUGUCGGUUGGUUACUCACUUGAUCAGAUUCCUAAUGACAUCACAAAGAAAACACCUGCCAGCUUUGAGCCAUCAAUAGAUUAUGUGGUGACCAAGAUUCCCAGGUUUGCAUUUGAGAAGUUCCCGGGUUCACAGCCUGUACUGACAACUCAGAUGAAGUCUGUUGGUGAAUCUAUGGCUGUCGGUCGCACUUUCCAGGAGUCUUUUCAGAAAGCAGUUCGGUCAUUGGAAUGCGGCUACUCUGGAUGGGGUUGCGCACAGAUCAAGGAAUUGAACUGGGACUGGGACCAGUUGAAGUACAAUCUCCGGGUUCCAAACCCUGAACGAAUUCAUGCCAUAUAUGCUGCAAUGAAAAAGGGGUUGAAGGUUGAUGACAUUCAUGAGUUGACUUACAUAGACAAAUGGUUUCUCACUCAGCUCAAGGAGUUGGUGGAUGUGGAACAAUACCUCUUGGCUCAAUCUUUGUCUCAGUUAACCAAGGAUGAGUUAUAUGAAGUGAAAAAGAGAGGUUUCAGUGAUAGGCAGAUAGCUUUUGCAACAAAAUCCUCGGAACAAGAAGUGCGCUCAAAACGGUUGUCCUUAGGUGUGAAGCCAACAUAUAAGCGAGUUGAUACCUGUGCAGCAGAAUUUGAGGCUGACACUCCUUACAUGUACUCAUCUUACGACUAUGAAUGUGAAUCGGCUCCUACCAAGAAGAAAAAGGUAUUGAUAUUAGGUGGAGGACCUAACCGAAUUGGCCAAGGAAUUGAGUUUGACUAUUGCUGCUGCCAUGCAUCCUUCUCCCUUCAGUCUGCAGGCUAUGAAACAAUUAUGAUGAAUUCAAAUCCUGAAACGGUCUCUACAGAUUACGAUACCAGCGAUCGACUUUAUUUUGAACCUCUUACAGUUGAAGACGUUCUUAAUGUAAUUGACUUGGAACGUCCAGAUGGCAUCAUUGUGCAGUUUGGAGGUCAGACCCCUCUAAAGCUUGCUCUUCCCAUUCAGCGGUACUUAGAUGAGUGCAAGCCUGAAUGUGCUAGUGGUGGUUAUGUUCGAAUUUGGGGUACAUCUCCUGAUUCUAUUGAUGCUGCGGAGGAUAGGGAGAGGUUCAAUGCUAUGCUUGAUGAACUAGAUAUUAAGCAACCAAAAGGUGGCAUUGCCAAAAGUGAAGCUGAUGCUAUUGCCAUUGCAUCGGACAUAGGAUACCCUGUUGUUGUUAGGCCUUCUUAUGUUUUGGGUGGCCGAGGAAUGGAGAUUGUUUAUAGCGAUGAGAAGUUGGUAAUCUAUCUUGCAAAUGCUGUUGAAGUAGACCCUGAAAAUCCUGUCCUCAUUGACAAAUAUUUAAUUGAUGCCAUUGAGAUUGAUGUUGAUGCACUUGCAGAUGCCCAAGGUAAUGUGGUGAUAGGCGGGGUAAUGGAGCACAUUGAACAGGCUGGGAUUCAUUCAGGUGAUUCGGCUUGUGUGUUGCCAACAAAAACUAUUUCGCCUUCGUGCUUAGAAACCAUUAGGUCUUGGACUAAGAAAUUGGCAAAGAAGCUAAAUGUAUGCGGACUCAUGAAUUGUCAAUAUGCAAUUACAUCAUCCGGAGAGGUGUUUUUGCUUGAGGCGAAUCCCCGUGCAUCCCGUACGGUCCCUUUUGUAUCCAAGGCUAUUGGGCAUCCAUUGGCUAAAUAUGCUUCUCUUGUCAUGUCAGGAAAGUCUCUUCAUGACAUCGGUUUUACUGCGGAGGUUAUACCAAGGCAUAUAUCAGUUAAGGAAGCUGUUCUUCCAUUUGAGAAGUUCCAGGGUUGUGAUGUCUUUCUAGGUCCUGAGAUGCGUAGCACUGGUGAGGUAAUGGGCAUCUCCUAUGAGUUUUCAAUUGCAUUUGCCAAAGCUCAGCUAGCUGCAGGGCAGAAGCUACCACUUUCAGGGACAGUGUUCCUUAGCUUGAAUGACUUGACAAAGCCCCAUCUUCCCGUGAUCGCUCGUGCUUUUCUUGAUAUUGGAUACAGAAUCGUUUCUACUUCUGGAACAGCAGAUGUUCUCGAACUAGAUGGCAUUCCAGUGGAGCGAGUGUUGAAACUGCAUGAAGGUCGGCCACAUGCUGGUGACAUGGUUGCUAAUGGUAACAUUCAGUUAAUGGUAGUCACAAGUUCCGGUGACAAGCUUGAUCAAAUUGAUGGGCUACAAUUGAGAAGGAUGGCUCUUGCUUACAAGAUUCCUGUAAUAACAACUGUUGCUGGAGCUUUGGCCACUGCCGAGGCAAUCAAAAGUUUGAAAUUUAGCAAGAUUAAGAUGAUUGCUUUGCAGGACUACUUCAAUAUUGGGACUGAAGACAGGAAGGGAAAAGAGUUACAAUCCAUCUCUUCCUCUGUUUCAGCUUAAAAUAAGAUUUCUUGAUCUGGGGCACAACUUUAGACAUUAUAUAUCAUAGCUUUAGACAACACUGGUAGAAAGAUAGUGGCAGAGAACUGCUGUUCUGAAAACUGCUUGGAUUUAAUUGAGGCAGCAGUUUAAAUGCCGAUGCUUCCCUGCUUGAAUUAAGAACACUUGUGCUGAGGCAUCGUAAGUUCUUGUAGUUUUACACAGAUGGUUCCAGUUUUCUUCAGCAGAUUGUAUUAGUUAAUAGGCGUGGUUGCUAUGCUUCUCGUUAUCCAGGCUUGACCGGCUGAAUCUGUGUAGUAACUUGCUGACAUUUGCAGAGUUUCCCCUACCUUCCCAAUCUGUCAAUUUGGUUGUUGAAUCAGGUCUAGUUUCGGCACCGUCACUAUACGUCCCUAUACUAUAUGUGAUGGUUUGAUAUGUGAUACAUUUCUCGAAAGAUUUUUCAUCCAGUUUUUUACCAACAGUCAUGCAAAUCAGCAAAUGCCAAUACGUCCUUGUUUUUUGUUCAA